GCGACGGCUGUUGCUGUUGCACAGCGUUCGUAUUUGUACAGUGCACUUUUACGAUUCUUAUGUUCAUGUUACAUGUGUCGUCUUCGGCCGCCAUAAGUUCCGAAUAAUACCAAUUAAUUAUUUCGUGCGUAUCUUUGCGGAAUUUCGUAACAGAGCACGGUUACCGUCGAUACCACUGCGAAAGCGUUCAGGCUUCCAAUACACCAAAUCCGUCCGAACGGACUGCGGCCCUUAAAACACAGUUUGGAAUGCGCUAGCAAGCCAUUUGCUAAAGAGAGAGGGUUUAAAAAUGCAAAAUUGGAACCAAUGGCAACUUUCAACUGGUGCUGUUGCUACUCCAAUGCCGCAGCCACCAGUUGGCUACGCUGCACCCGGGGCAGAUCCUAUGGCUAUGAUGCAAGCGUACAUGCAGUAUUAUAAUCAGCCAGCACCGAGCGGGUACACAGCAGAACAAUGGGCCGCGGCUCAACAGCAAAAUUGGGCCCAGUGGCAGCAAUGGCAGCAACAAUAUCAGCAAUGGCAAGCACAAUACGGGGAGAAGUACCAGGAAACGAUGAAGCGGAUGUCGAAUCAGAAUAUGAGUUUAACCGGUCCGGUGCCACAAUUACCGCAACCCCCGCCACCGCUUCCAAAAGAGGACGCGGCGAAACCGCCUUUGCCUCCGACCACGACGAACGCGUAUCAGUUCACGAGCAUGCCUCCACCUCAUCAGAACAAUCUUCCAUUGUUCCCGAUUAAACAAAGCGGGAACGCGCAAAACUGUCCUCCGAACAACCCCCCGCUACCCCCGAGUCAGCCGCCGUUACCCCCCGAUAAUAAUAAUAGCAGCGAGAACAAUUUAAAACGCAGUGGCAGUUGUUCGGUCAGUGAAUCUAGUAGUGUUAAAAAAAUGAAGAUCGAAGACGAAGAGCUCACCGAGGCGGAGAAAACGUUCGACGCUCAAUUCAAACAGUGGGAGGAACAGUUUAAUAAGUGGAAACAGCAGAAUGCUAAUCACCCAGACAAGAAUCAGUACAAACAGUACGAAGAGAAGUGGACAUCCUGGCGAGAGAAGCUCAUCGAACGACGGGAGCAAAUGCGUAAGAAACGCGAGCAACAGAAACAGACUACGACCAAGAUGGAGAUUGAGAAGAAAAAUUUACCUGGCGACGACAAGAUAAUGAAUAUACUGUCGAACACGGAGAAUCAAGGAUUGAUCAACAAUCUAUUGGGGAUUGGGAAAACGCUUGGUUUGACUGGCAAGCAGAAUGCUAACAUGCCUCCACCGCCACCUCCGCCACCAGCUACAGAAGCAGCUACGUCUAAUACACAGACGACUUCGUCCGCUUCUCAGGCAGCGUCGACACAGUUACCACCUAACGUGCCUACGUCGACGUGGAAUAAUUCUCAGCAGUGGUCGUCGCCGCAUUUCCCGAACUUCCAGGCUAUGACCGGGGUACCUCCACCUCCGUUUUCCACAGCGAGUAAUAAUACCCAGAUGCCGAAUUUCACGCAGCCACCACCGAAUUUCUCCGUACCGAACUUUUCACAGCCACCGCCGGGUUUCAACGAUUUGCGACACAAUAGUAACGUCCGAGCGCAAGUCCCACCGUCUAUACAAGGAAGGCUACCGCCGUUCGGACCGAACUCCGACGCGAAUUCGAUGCAUAAAGAAGGCUCGAAUCAGAGUUCUAUGAACAGCUUUGAUCCGGCUGGUAAUUUUGGACAGAAGGAAGGGAUGUCAGCCGAACGUUUCGCACGAGACGAUCAUCGAGGAUCUGAAGUGGAUCACUUUAGAAGGGAGAAUAGGAACUUCCAGGAACAUGGAAACAAUCAGUUUAACCAGCAGAAGAUGAAUUUCAACGAUAGAUUCGGGAACGACAGAUUCGGUCCUGGGAAUAAUCGAUGCGGCCCGUCGAACGAAAGAUUCGGUCCUGGGAACGAUCGAUUCGGAAUGGGAAACGAUCGGCUCGGAGAUAAUAGAUUCGCCUGUGGGAAUGACCGAUUCGGCACCGAUAGGAACGAGCCUCUCAACGAUCGUUUCGGGCCGAACAGCGAUCGAUUCGGUCCGAACAACGAAGCUUGCGGGCCCGGAAGUGAUAGAUUUAACAGGAGCAGCAUGGAUCGUUUUGAUCCGAAAGAUAUCGGAGAUAGGCGUGACAGUUUUCCGAAUACGUUGAGGAAUUUCAGUCGAAACAAUCAGUUUGAACCGUCAGAACUCGCGCCCGAAUUGAAGAAACUUAUGGAGAAACGAAGAGCUGCGAUGGAUGUGUUCAAACCGAGUUUCGUCGAAUGCGAUAAGAACAGUAGUGUUGGUUCGUUGAGUGAAAGCUUCAAGAAAAUUACAGGUGAUUCUCCGUUUGCGAAACCGGGCAACAACUUCGGACCUCGCGGAUCUCCCAACGUUGGACCAGGAGGACCCGGUGGUAACUUCAGGAUGUCUCAAGGAAAUUCGGAGUUUGGAUCGCGCAGUGCGAUGGAGAUCGCACGUAAUAUUCCGUUCAACGAUGACAUAGGUCAGUUCAGAGGACCCAACACCGAUCCGCAACAACAAUUCAUGAACGUUGACGCUAAACACGAAAUGUUGAAUCGCGAGAAUGAUCCGAAUAUGGAAAUGAAACGUGUAGUGGAACAAACGCCGGUGACUAGAUCCAGUUUGCUCGAACAGAACGUUGACAGUGUAAAGGAAGACAAGAACGUUCCAUUGUCACAAAAGCCGCCUUGGACCGAUGGCCAACUUCCCGAAGACGGUUCGCGACAAACGGACACUGCUAAAAGUGAAAAUUACGGUUCUUCGGAAAAUCCAAAUACAGCUGGUACAGGAGAAACGAAAGAAUCGCAGCAAGAACAGUUAAAUAGCAUCGAUAAUGUUAACAAGACUGACGUGCUGCCUUUUAUGGGCGAGAACGAUCCGAAACCUGAAGACUUAAACAUGGAACCUCCACCCGAAUUACCCAACUUAGGCCCUGUCAUUGAUGCCAGUGAACCGCAAAGAACGAACGAACCAUUCGAUAUGAAGGAGUCUUCCUUGAAACCUUUCCCGAACAAUCCCGAAUGUUUCGCACCUAGAGUCAAUUUUAGCCCUAUGUUGGGUCCAAGAGAAAUGCAGUUCAGACCGAACGCACCGUUUCCCGGCCCUAGAGCUCCUAGCGACGUUAGAUUUCCCAUGUUCGAUCCUAAAAAUCUAACCCCGUUCAAUCCUCCCGUACCAAAUUCAUAUCAGUUUGACCCUCGUGGACCGAACAGCCAGUUUAGUCCGAGGGGUCCGAAUAAUAUGCAGUUCGCUCCUCGCGAUUUCCCUGACGGACAAUUUCGUCCUAGAGGCGCGGGUGAUGGAUCUUUCGGUCCGACAGGCCCUGCCGAUUUCAGACCGAGAGGACCGAACGACGGACAGUUCGGUCCACGCGGUCCGAACGAUGGACAAUUCGCCCCGAGAAGUAUAAACGAUGGAAUGUUUAAUCCUAGAGCACCUAACGACGGAUCGUUUGGACUGAGAGGUCCCGGUGAUAACCAAUUCGGGCCAAGAGGUCCUAACACUCAGUUCAGCCUCAGAGGUCCAAACGUCGGAAAUUUUGCUCCCAGACCUGACGGUCUGUUGGGAUUCCGAAGACCAGUCGACGGACAGUUUGGUCCUAAAGGAUCUAACGAUGGACAGUUUGGACCUCCAAACGCUAACAACAGACCAGUCAGCGUUGGCAGAUCGAAUGACCCGACGUUCGAUAAACGAGGACAGUUCGAUCCGCAAUUCGUGCCUAGGGGAUCUAACGAAGGACAGUCUAGAUUUUUAGCUCCCAGCGACAAGCUCUUUGGUACGCGACGUUCAGAUCCAUCUUAUCAGAAAAAUCCAAGUUCAAAAGGAAUGAACGAUGGACAGUUUCCGAAUAGAUUCAACGAGAAUACUAAUUUCGGUUCGCAUGGUCCGAAUGAGACGUACUUUGGACCACGAGGUGCGAUGACUGCUCCAAACGAUGGUCCUUUCCCAUCUCAUGGUUCUACUGACAGAUCGUUCGACAUCAGAGGAAAGGAAGGACCAAUCAAUCCUGAUGUUAAAAUACAAGAAUCGGGGAGCGUCGGAGGAGGAUUUAAUAAUAAGAAUCAAAUAUCAGUAGAUCCUAAUAAUAAAAAUCUCGGGGGGAAACCUUAUUCUACGAACAAUUUCGGAGAAGACCAGAGACCUUCACGUGACUUCAGUCGUUCCGACAGACUUAUGUUCUCUCAAAACGAUUCGUUCAAUAGGUGUGUUAUGAAGCCCAUGGAACGAUCUGCUAUUAGUGAUAAUAAAAUUAACGUACACGAGAAAGAGUCGGAGAAAGGUGCGAUGGAAUUAUCAUCGGAGAAAUUCGACAUGAUACGAUCCGUAGACGGUCGACAGACUCAAGUCAGGUGUUCGACCGUGAAAGAAUUUUGCAUCGAGAGACAGUUCAAUUAUAAUCACGGCGGAGCUGUCGGUGAUAAGAAAUUGAUCGAGCACGUGCCAGCUAAAGUGAUCGACUACGCGCAUACAUCCCGGCCAUCGAUUCAAGAUCAUUUGACUCCCGUGCAGUGCUUCGAUUACGGACACGGCAAUUUGAAGCCGUCGGUGCCGGAGCACGAGGUUCAACCGAAGAAAGAUUUCCGAAAUUGGGAGGAGAACGAACAGAACUUAAAAGAGUACACGGAGAGGAUAAGGAAGUAUGAAUAUUACGCGAGCAAAGUAGAGCACAGACGGCCGGAUUAUAGACAGAGAAGAAAUACGAACGACCUGACAGAGGAGAGGAGACCCGAGAGAGGACGAAGAGAAAAGGAGGAUUACAAAGUGAAGGAGAAACGAAACAACAGGAUAUUUGAUAAUUCGUUUGACAAAGAUCAAGAGAAUCGCUAUGAGAAGAAUUCUAACAAAGUGUUUGUUCUAAAUGCAGAAAGAACGCGGGAGAGAUGUGAAACUUCUCACAAGGAAACGAGUAAAGAGAAUGAAAGAGACGAAGACAGAUCGAAAGGAAAUAUAAACUGGCAGGAGAAUUUGAACAAGAACGUCGUAGAUACAAAGCCGACAGAGAGCAGUGUUGCAGAUAACCAGCACAAUGUAUUGGAAUCUACACAGAAAACUUUGGAACUGGCGAAGACACCAAACUGCACGAUGGUGGACGAUUUGUUAUGUCCACCAGGUCGCCAGAACAGACCACCAAAAGUAGCUAUUAUAUUGCGGGGCCCACCAGGCAGUGGGAAAUCUUUUGUCGCGAAGCUCAUCAAGGACAAAGAAGUUGAACAAGGUGGUUCUGCGCCGAGGAUACUAAGCCUCGAUGAUUAUUUCCUAGCGGAGAAAGAGAUCGAGACUACGGACGAUAACGGAAAGAAAGUUACUGUCAAGGAGAUGGUCUACGAAUAUGAGGAAGCGAUGGAGCAAAGUUAUGUCACGUCCCUUGUGAAAGCUUUUAAAAAGAAUAUCACCGAUGGCUUUUUCAAUUUUAUAAUACUCGACUGCAUUAACGAGAAAAUAUCGGAUUACGAAGAAAUGUGGAGCUUCGCUAAAACGAAAGGCUUCAAGGUAUACGUGUGCGAGAUGGAAAUGGAUUUGCAAAUCUGUUUGAAGAGGAACAUUCACAAUCGCACGGAGGACGAAAUAAACAGGAUUAUCGAUUACUUCGAACCGACGCCGAGUUAUCACCAAAAAUUAGAUGUGAAUGCGUUACUUCAAGAACAGGCGAUUGAAGAAGUUCAAAUGGAAGAUACUGAAGAAGUACAGGAGAAACCUGUUCCGCAGAACGAAGAUAGUCAAGACAGUCAGGACGAUGCCCUACUUACGGGAGUAAGUAAAUGGGAACGUAUGGAGGCCGAAGAUAAGUUAGAUCGCUUAGACGGACUCGCGAGAAAGAAGAAUGAAGGGAAGGUGCAGACCAUGAAAGAUUUCCUUCAAGUUCCUGAUUACUACAACAUGGAAGAUACUUCUGGUAAAAAGCGCGUAAGAUGGGCUGACUUGGAAGAGCGUAAAGAACAGGAGAAGAUGCGCGCUGUCGGAUUCGUAGUUGGCCAUACUAACUGGGAUCGUAUGAUGGAUCCUACGAAAGGAGGAAGCGCAUUGACACGCACAAAGUUUUUCUCGCUAUCGUAAUGACAUGUUUUUAUUCCGCUGAGCAGAAGUUUCGCGUGUAAGACGUCGACGAAGUUUCAAAUUUGGACAACGUUUCUAUGAUUUUUAAUGUAGCCUUAUAGACAAUCUAGUUGACGAAACUAGCGCGUAAAGCCAUCUAAUUUAUGUAAACCGUUGCUGUAAUUACUGUAUAUAUAUUUACAUAUAUAUAUGUCACAUCAAUGAACUGUUUCUGUUACAUCAUUUUUUAUAUUUGCUUCGUUCGUAAUGUAAUUGUUAAGACGAGAGCUUAAGUGAAAACAAUUAUUAUACACUGCCUGAUGGGCGUUACGGAAGUUUGUUCAUUAUCCGAUUCGAAUAAAAAUGAUAUUAUUUA